UCUAAUUCUAUUUCUAUCUCGUCCUAUUGAGUCAUCUCAUUUUUUACUUCUGAUUCCUUCACAUAUUUUUUUACUAGCUUUACAGGGGCCGCCGAUGCGCCUAUAGUAGACGCCCGACAACAUCUUCUACCCGCGUACCAAGUGCAACAAUCCCAAACCAAAGGGAAUAACAAUCCAUGUAUCGCAAUGUCUGGACGCGGUAGAGGAGGCCGAGGAGGCAGCCGCGGCGGCUUUGGCGCACGCAAGAUAGCGCCCCAGGGCAUGCCAGGUGCUGAUGACCCAGGCCUACAAUUUAACGAAAAGCCCCAAGAAACAUACCCCAAAUCCUACAAACCACCAACCGCACCCCCUCUUAGCGACACAGAAGCCCGCACCAUCGCAUCCUUCGUCGCAUUCCGAAAAGCCUUCCACGCGACACCGUAUUAUACACACCGACACCUAACCAGCGGCGCAACGCCCGGCGUAGUCGAAAACGUCCCCGCCCCCGACCCCUCCAAAAACAGCACCAACACCACCACUACUACCACAACAGCGCGCCCCCCAGACCCCCGCCGACGAACCUACGGCCAAGCCCAAGUAAACGCACGCUUCGGUAUCAAAAACCGCGCCACAAUCGACCCCUUCCUAGCCGUUCCCCUCUACAGCCACAAAUUCGUAGACGCAAACCGCAUGCUACCAGACUUGCGUUCGCGCCCAACGGGUUACGUAUCCGAGUUCUUCCCGGAAGAACUAUGGGCCACGCUUGAAGGACGCGACGGCGGCGGACUACGCGGUGGUUUCCUAUCCGAAGCACGAGGAACCAAGAGGGGGGUUAAACGUAAAGCCGCUGCUGUAGUCGUAGAUGGUGAAUCGCUCGGUAGUGACGACGAUACCGACGGCUGGCGGAGAAGGCGGAAGGAUGAGACGGAGGAGCAGCGAAAAGCACGGAUUGAAGCUGCGAUUAAAGAGGGCGAAAAUGAAGACGCUGAGAAUAAGGAAGAUAUCGAUAUUGAUGAGGAGGAAGAAGGGAUGUCGCAAGAAGACGAUGAUUAUGAUGAUGAAGACGAAGGUGGUGAUUACGACGCUGAGGCCUACUUCGAUGCGGGAGAUAAUGAUGACUAUGGAGAUGAAGAAGGGGUUGGAGAGAGUGCCAUGGACUUCUAAUUCAGAAAGUUCUUGGGGAAAGAUGAAUAAUUAUAAACCAAAAAGGCUACGGCUGGCUGCAUUGGGAUCGGCGUUUGUCAAAAAAUGGGAGGUUAGAUCUUUUUACUUUCUAGAAUCUUUUGCUUCAUACAACUAUAUAUAUAGCAAACUACUAGAUGAUACCAGGGAAUUUUCUUCAAUACCCA